CGCCCCGAGCAGCUGCCCGCUCGCCCGCCCGGUCUGGGAUGGAGGCCGCGGGGGAAGGCGGCGGGGGAGGCCGGGCCCUGUCCGCGCUCCUGGCGGCAAGAUCGAAAAGGCGGAAAUGUGCACCUAAAACCCUGCAGAAGCUACAGGAAGAAGCGCUGCAUCUUUUGAGCUGCCAUCAGAACCUGGAUGACCUUUUGCUGGAAGUGGGAAGUUCAGUAUGCGAUAAGCCACCCCAUCCCACUAUUUCGAGCCCAGCUGGCGGAGAAGCUUCAGUUCCGGGUCUACUCGUGGUUUCAGCCUUGCAGGAUCGGGCCACUACACUGGGGGUGCCAGUAGGAAUCCUAUCAGCCAGAACAGCAGCUAACAAUGUUGGGAAGAUAUUUGCUGAGGCCGGGGACGCUGUGCUCCUGAAUGCAGAGCAGAGAGAAAAGUUGUCUUGCUUGCUGCAGACCUUGAAUGAUUUGUUAGCACAGAAUGCUUUCUGCCGUUUGCUGUUUGCUCAAGAAAUGUGGAAAAUGCAGAGCCCACUCUUUCUGGAAGUCGCUUGGCAUCUGCACAGAGAGAAUGUCGUUAGCUUGGAAGACCUGCUAGAAAAGCAUCCAGAUGAGACUGGCUUGGUGGAGUGGUUGAGUAGCAGCCUUUGUCUUCUGUGCCAUCGGGCCGAAGAUCUUCCCUCGGCAGCCGGCCCCCUGGGGAGCAUGCUUACAGACUUUGGGAUGGUGUUCCUUCAGAACAGAUUUAAGAAAACCCUUGAGCUGCGAAAGAAGCUGGAGUCCCAGAAGCUCUCCAAAGUCAGCUGUGCUGUACUUGAGCGAAUGUUGGCAUGGGUGCUUGAUUCUGUAGCUCAGGAGAAGCAGGAAGAGGCCUCCAAGCUGAAGGCAGUGAAAUGCUGGCUGCACAUAUUCAGCGUGACAGCCUACCAAGGCAGAGUUCCUUCCGAGGCUUUGCAGGGGUUCUUUAGCCAUACCUUGACUCAGGUUCUCACCUACAACCCUCAGCUAAAAGUUUCCGAUGCCGUUCAUCUGCAGAGGGAAUGGUGCUUUGCCAGAACCAGCCCGGUGCUCACCAUGUUGUACCGCAAACUGUUUGUGUUGUUCAAACCUGAGGAGCUGGUCCAUCAUUUGCAGAAGGUCCUCGAGACGAGCGAAGUCAACUGGCAUCACGUCCUUUCCUGCAUCUCCACGCUGUUGGUCUGCCAUUCUGAAGCAGAAGCCCUGGUCAAAGACUUCCUGGGCCGUCUGUUGAGAAAAGCCUUUGAGGAUUAUGACCUGGAAAACAUGGUCACGGCUUUCCUGAUCGUCCGCCAGGCGGCCUUGGAGGGCCCUGCCAUCUUCGUGCCUUACUCAGAAUGGUUCCAGGCUGCCUUUGGGAGUCCCAACGGCUUCCACAGCACCAGUAAGAAGGCCCUGGUCUUUCUCUUCAAGUUCCUGACAGAGCUGGUCCCUUUUGAAGCUCCACAGUAUUUGAAGGUGCACAUCAUGCACCCUCCCUUUGUGCCGACCAAAUACCGUCCUUUCCUCCUGGAAUAUAUCGCUCUGGCUAAAACCCGGCUGGCUGAUUUCAAGGUUUCGAUAGAAGACAUGGGCCUCUAUGAGGAUUUAUCCACGGCGAAGGAGGAUGAUCAGGCACCCUCUCAAGCCCUUCAAGAUGUUGAAAAGGCUGUUCAGAUAUUUGAAAACACCGGGAAGAUCCCAGCAAGCGUAAUGGAAGCCAGUAUUUUCAGACGGCCUUAUUACGCCUCCCGUUUUCUUCCUGCUCUGCUUGCUCCCCGCGUGCUUCCUGAAGUGCCUGACUCCCACAUGGCUUUGAUAGAGGCCCUCAAAAGAGCUGAAAAAAUUCCUUUGAACGCAUAUGCCACAUAUAUUGAAGGAUGCCAAGCUGCAAAAGAGACAUUUUUGCAAGGUGGAUCAGCAGAAAUGGAGACCAGUGGCCUCAAGGAACCCUUGGAGUUGCUCAAGGCCGAACUGGAAGCACUGAGACUGCUGGUUAUAGACCCAAGCAAGUAUGAUGGACUGCUGGCGCAAAUUGCUGUGGUUUCUGAGAAGCUGAUGGGGGUCCUGGGGAGGCCGGACGAUGAAGAUGACGCUGCGUCCUUGAGUCUUAGAAUCCAGCUGGACUUUUCUGCUCCUGAAGUUGAGCGACCCCAUCAAGAGGUUGUUGAUCUUCUGCUCACGUCGUUUUGCCAGACCGUGAUGUCCGCGUCCUGCUUCCUCCCUCCUGACAGGCAGGGGACCUGGCCCUCCCUUUUCGUGAAAAUGAUGGCCGGACACCGUCCCCUCCUGCCCUCCUUGCUGAGUCGGCUGUGCCAGCUGCUCUGUCACCAGGGUUCUUCCCUAAGCGACGCUCACCUCAUCGGCCUGGCUGUCUUGGCGGUUCACUUAAACGAAGCCGAGUCCUUGCUCCCCGCAGUGGACGUCGGCUCUCCUCCUUGGACUCCUCGCUCGGGCUCUGCCAGAGGUCGGUCUUUUACAGGACUCUGGGAAUAUUUCCUGGCGUGCAAGACGGGAGAGUCGGUGGUCUUUUGCAUGAGAUUUUGCACUGUGGUAUUGUCCUAUGUUUUAUGCAAGUUUGCCUCUCUCUCCCAUGACGACUUGAGCUCCUUCCUUCAUCCUGCUUUUGUAAAAAAGUUUCAGUACACUGUGCCACGGCUCUUCGUGGAAGCUCGAGGCAUUUGCUACGAAGGGAGCGCAGACGAGCUUCCCUGGGAAGCUUUAUCCUGCCCGGAUCCCUGCUACAAGGCAGCCGCCCUCUGCCUAUGGAAGGAAAAGCGUAUCGAAAGGCUCUUGGAAGAGAAAGCAUUCCAGCUGACUCUGCAGGAGUGGCUGCUGAUGGAGCUGGGAGUCGACCCCGAGGGAGACCUCCUUUCUGCUUCUGAGAGGCGGGCGUUCCAUGACUGGGCCCUGUACCAGCACUAUCUCCCCCGGUCCAGCGCCGGUGGAGGCUGCGAUGGAGACUUAAGGAAGGCAUGUGCGAUUCUUAUAGGGGCCAUCCUGGAUUUCUGCCACAGAUCUGAGCUGAGCAAGUGCCCUCCCCUGAGGAACCCCAAAUGCUCCAUCACCCAAGGGAGAGGGAGCCCAGACCUCCACUGCAGAUUACAGGAGAUGCUGCUGGAGCUGCACUUGGUGUGCAGGAGACCCUCACGGGACGUCAGCGGCCGCAAGGAGCACUUUCUGUUCCAGCUUUUCCAGGAGAGGCUUAAAGCUCUAGGGAACGGAGCCGCUGUGGGGGAGAGGCUGUGCCGGCAGCAGGAACUCCUGCUUCAAACCAGGAUUCUCUUGGGACUGCCUCCAUCGUUUCUUGUUGCGACACGGCGAAAAGGAACCCAAGUCACUCUGGAUUGUGAAGGCUUCUUUGGGUUCGUGAACACAGAACUGAAUAACGCCAUCCCCAGAGGCUUCGCGCUUCCUUACGACGUCACCGCUCACUUCUUCAGGGGCUUGCUGAGUGCCAGUCUGGAGUGCGACCAACCUGCGGAGGAGGUGACCGCUGUUCUCACCUUGGUCCAGGCCAGAUGCCCGAUCAUUCUCACUUCCGCAGCGCGCUGGUGGCCGAGGAUGGAGCCCGUGCUUUCCUCGGAGUGGGAGAGACUCUUCCAGGGUCCCCUGGCGCAAGGAUUGCGAAGCCUCGGGGAGAUGCAGGUUUCUGUCAACCGCUUUCUUUCGUCGGAAGCCGCCUCCCUGGCCUCUCCCGAGGUGUCGUGGCUUUGGGCCGCCUUCCUGCAUUUUGCUUUGGAACGCCAAGGGGCGACGGAAAAGAGGGGCGACGCGCUGAAGAGGCUGGGGCCCGGAGCCGAAAAAGUCCUGGUGUACCUUUUCAUUUUUUCCAUUCUGGAUUUCAUCACAGCCCAGGUAACACCCCAGGAAGGAGUGGAUGUUCAGAAAGCCUUUGACUGGAGUUCAAAGGUGCUCCAGUGCUUAGAGGAACGAGGGGUGCCCUGGCUAGCGGUCUUCAGUUCAGCCGGGAGAGGUCACAGCCCUGGUCAGAUCCUGCUUGGUGCUGUUUCAGAUCAACACACAAAGCUGCUGCCAGUUGCCUUCUACAGCCUUCUCCUUGCCUUCAGCUCAGAAAAGUUAAUCCAGGAGCAGACCUUCCUAUAUGUUGCCACUGACAUGUACACACAACUGCUGCAGCUCUUUAUGAAUGGACCAGCAGAGAUGGGACCAAUCCAGAGAGAACAAAGGCUGGGUGCCCACAAGCCGGAGGACCCCUUAUCUCUGAUCCAGGAAGCCCGGCGGUUCCUGCUCCGCACAAUCCCCAAGUGUCCUCUGGGGAGCUUUACAAACCUCCAGCAGCUCCUGGAUCUCUGUGGGGUUCUGGACCCAGAGAUCCAGGCUGCCCUGGUGGAUUUCAGCACAGGGGAGGAUUUGAUGGAUGAUGAACCACUCCUUUUCUGACGGUGGGAGUCCUCCUGAACAGGGAGCGGAGGCAUAAAGCAACUUUCCGUGCGGAUGGCGUACUGGUGGAAGAAAGGGACAGGAAAACCGACACGCUUCCCCAGCACCCAGAAUGUCCAAAGUACUGUGUAAAUAAUUUAUUACAAGCAUAAUCAUGACUUUGUAACAAUAAAAAUUAGGUUACAAA